AUGGUUUCAUUAUUUUCUAUAUUCCAGAGGCGAGAGCAGUCUGCUAUCAAAGAUGUGACAUUGCAAUCUGCACAUCCUGCCAUCUCUUCAAGCCGAGAUGCGGCAGCACAGGUUGAAAAUAUUGAUAUUCUGCAGAAUGCCUUUGAAAGAACUGGUAUUGUCUUCACUCCAGAACCAACACUGACAUUCACACCCUCACCGGAUGCCACUGCACAUGAGGCAGUAGACGAAACUAAAUCUAGUACAGCUGCACUUUAUACUACAAGGGAUGCACCAUCCACAUCUGACUCCACUAUUGGCACCACAAUAAAGGCAACUACACUUUCCUCUUCCACUGGUAGCAGCCCGAUGUAUACAGCUACAUCUUCCACUGUAGAUGUAACUACAUCUGCCUCCCCCACUGGUGGCAACACAAUAGAUGCAACUACAACUACCCCUUCCCCUGUAGAUACAACCGGAAGUAGCACAGCAGAUGCAACUACAACUACCUCUUCCACUGUAGAUGCAACUACAUCUGCCUCCCUCACUGUAAAUGUAACAACAACUACCCCUUCUCCUGUGGAUGCAACUACGUCUGCCUCCUCCACCGGAAGUAGCACAGCAGAUGCAACUACAACUACCUCUACCGCUGUAGCUGCACCUACAACUACCUCUUCCACUGUAGAUGCAACUACAACUACCUCCCCCACUGUAGAUGCAACUACAACUGCCUACCCCACUGUAGAUGCAACUACAACUACCUCUUCCACUGUAGAUGCAAUUACAACUACCUCUUCCACUGUAGAUGCAACUACAACUGCCUACCCCACUGUAGAUGCAACUACAACUACCUCCCCCACUGUAGAUGCAACUACAACUACCUCCCCCACUGUAGAUGCAACUACAACUACCUCUUCCGCUGUAGAUGCAACUACAACUACCUCCCCCACUGUAGAUGCAACUACAACUGCCUACCCCACUGCAGAUGCAACUACAACUACCUCUUCCGCUGUAGAUGCAACUACAACUACCUCCCCCACUGUAGAUGCAACUACAACUACCUCUUCCGCUGUAGAUGCAACUACAACUACCCCUUCCACUGUAGAUGCAACUACAUCUGCCUCCCCCACUGUAGAUGCAACUACUGCCUCCUCCACUAUUAGCAGCACAGCAGAUGCAACCACAACUACCUCUUCCACUGGUGGCAGCACGGCAGCUGCAACUACAUCUGCCACAUCCCCAACUGCCACCACAGAAGACACUUCUACAGGAGCACUUACAACCGGUACAACUACUAAGGGCACAACAACUGCAGCUCAAACAUCUGACAAAACCACCUCAGACAGUACUACUAGCACAGCUAUGCCUGAUUCAACAGCUGGUAGUUCUACCGAGACAACACUCAUGACUGAUCUAACAACAAACACAUCAGACGGAACUACUACACCCAUGGUAACCACAGGUAUACCUUCACUUUCAUCUAACUCAACCCUCGAGACAACCGUUACAGUCACAACUACACCCGCAAUUACCCCAAGUCCUUCUAGCACUACCAGGCAGACGACAACACCCCUUCUUCCCACAACGACAACCGUUCGACCCACCCAUGCGUCUGGGAGCUCCUCUGCGACCACACGCCCAGCUGUCACAACGCUGACUUCCACAACUACUAGCCCAGGAUCUUCCGGUCCUUAUGGAUCAUUAAGUGCAGAUGCUGUUGUUGGGAUAGUAAUGGGGUCACUGUUUGGCGCAGCUUUUGUAGGUGCUGGGAUAUUCUGGAUACACUUGCGGAGAAAACAGUUGUUCCAACGAUGGUUUAAGAAGUAA